AUGCCCACAAAUUGUCUUUCGCCAACUCGCAUCACCACUCCAACCCUUCUCACUGCUCGUCUUGUUGGGCCCAUCGAAGAGGGCCAAAGAGCAGUUGUGCUGACUCUCUUCCAGCCUCUCGCACCACUCCAGACAACACCAACCUGCUCGACUGACCAAUUAGCAAUCUGCCCAGCCUGCCGAGGCCGGCCAGGCAAGGAGGUAAUUACUCAGAGAAGCCUGGAUACAUCGGCCAACAUGUUCUUUCUUCUGAGCCCUUAG